GCCGAGCUGAUUUUCUCGUGUUGGGAGUCGCUGUCCUCAUUUCUCAUUUUCCGUCCUCCAACAUUAUGGAUCAUGGGCACCACCACUGCAGCCCACAAUGAUGAUUCUUGCCAACGGAGAGAUCCACAACAACAGCAGCAGCAGCAGAGCAUUAGUAGCAGGCGGCGUCCCCAACAUUCCUCCUCAUCGAGUACAACUAAUAAUCUUCGAAGCACGUACCAGCGAACCAACAGUUUCUCCAAGAAAGGAACCAAGGUGGCGGCGCGAGGCAGAAAAUGGCGUCGUCGGAUACUGGGUUUGAUUUUGGUGGGAUUUGCUUUUGUGGCUGUUCUGAUCCGAAACCCAAAUCUACGAAACACAGCUCUGGCUGCCAUCAUCAAUCGACAACCAAAGAGGGGUAUUUCCAAUUUUGGCGUCAAGCCAUUGGUUGUGGGGUACGGAAUUGACUUAGUAGUGGGAGGCGGAACGGAUGCACCCCGAAAAUCAAACGGAAUGAAGACGAGGCAAAUUCUAUUUUCCAAGUAUCAUCCGGUGGUUCGAAUUCAUCCCUCUACAUUCCAGAUAAUACCCCCUUCGGAAAGGUUCAUUUCUAUUUGGGCAGCUCUUCGAGGCAGCAGCAGCACAAUCAACACCACGGGAAUUAAAUGGAACUGGAACCAUCAUUCGGUAGAUCUCAUGGGGCUGGAAAUUCCAGAUAUGGUGGAUUGGUCCACCUACCAAUAUCCUACUCGACCAGAUCCAGACGAGGAGACGAAAAAGAAGGAUCCCUGUCAAUUGCCUCAUGGCUGGAUGAACCAAUCCUUCCCCACAUGCAGCAAUCUACAUGCCUUUGAUAUGAUGAGUCAGUUAUUGGAGUACGACCACCGAGUGCAACAGCGUUUCUUAAUGGGAACUGGUUCCAUGAGAUCGGUCUGGUUGUUGGAACAAAUCACAGAAGCCGAUAUCCCGGUGGAACAGGCGGUCCUCAAAACGCUGCGCAUGAAACAUGAUUUUGAUGCGGGAGAUUUGGAUCGGCAUCGGAGGGAUGCCCUCAUAUCCGAACGAUUGACGGCAUCGCCACAUAUUCUCAAUAUAUACGGCUACUGUGGCAACAGUGCCAUUUACCAAUACGCCAACAGCGGGACACUCUACGAUGCGAUUGGGGCCAAGGAAUACCGGGAAGAACAAAUGAACAAUCAGCACAAUGAUGCACACGACAAAUGGGAACAGUGGACCAGCCAACGCAAACUGGAAGUGUCGUAUCAGGUGGUAUCUGCAUUGGCCGAUUUGCAUGAUAUUGAUCACGAUGGGAUCGCUUCGGUGGCUCAUGAUGAUUUGGACAUUACUCAGUAUGUCAGCACGGAUGGAGGGAACACAUUUCAAUUGAGUGACUUCAAUGGAGCGCCAUUUGUGGAGUGGGAUUCCAAGGAAAAGCAAACCUGUUCCUUUAGGGCUCUCAUGAAGGGUGGGAAAACACGGUCGCCCGAGGAGUACGAUGAAAACACGUACUUGGUGACAGAGAAGAUUGAUAUCUAUGCUCUGGGGAAUAUUCUUUACACAAUCGUGGAAGGACAGUAUCCGUUCUAUGAUGUUUCGACUACGCAGACCAUGUCUCUCGUCGCAAAGGGGCAUACCCCACCAACUAGUGAACCUACCAGCACCAGUAAGGACCACAACAUUCAGCUGCUACUAAAUGCCAUGGAGCUCUGCUGGGUUAGGGAUCCACGACGAAGGGCGACUGCCAGAAAGAUACAGAACAUGCUGAAACCAUAUGUGGAACGCAACAAGAAACAUCCAGGGUUACUUCAAUAGUACGAAUCGAAUCAUGCACCGGUUGACUACUCUUGCACCGCUACCGUCAAUGAUAGCUACUAGUUACGAAUUAUGGUACAUGUAUCUGCAAAGCAACUAUUUGGUAGUAAUCAGAAAGCAGCUCAUGACCGUUCUCCCAAUCGCUGUUGCCAUUCCAACGGGAACAGCAUUUCCAAUCUGUUUGAUUUGCUCAAGGUAGGAUCCCUUAAAGACAUAGUUGUCGGGAAAGCCCUGAAGUCGCGCUUUCUCCCGGGGUGUUGCUUCACGAUCUAAAUUGUAAUGGCCAACAGCUUUCCCACAAAGAAUCGUUGGAGCAGGCUUGUGGGAUUGCAAUACUUGUUGUCUGUGGUCUACAACAAAGGCCUUGAGAUCCCUCCGAAACUGAUGCCCAACGACCGUGUGCAUCAGAUUGGAGCAACUAACAUCGGGAUCAGUCGGGUUGACUGGUUCGGGAUCAAGUGUCUCAAGGUCUCCAAUGGCCUCCAAUGUUGUGACAUGAGCUCUACCUGUUCCUUCCCCGUGGGUUGGUUCUGGUGCCUUGGGAAGCUCACAGCCAUCCUGGACAGCAAUGAGGAUAACUCUCUUCCGACUUUGAGGGUCGCCAUAAUCCAUAGCGUUCAGCACUGAGCCCCGGACCUGAUAGCCCAAAGCGAGCAGUUUUGCCACCACUUCCUGGAACAAAUGGCGACUUUCACCCUGGACGAUGCCCAUGACAUUCUCAAAUGUAAAGACCUUUGGAAGGACAUAUUCCGCAUAUUCAGUGGAUAGUCGGGUGGUAUUGUUGCUGUCCCCUACCUUUCUGCCUCUGAACGGAUUUGCCAGAGAGUAAUCUUGGCAGUUUGGUGAUGCAUGAAGGGUAUCGAGACCUUCAGGGGCAGGCAGCUCAUCUUUUUUCUUUCCCUCACGCAUGCUUUUUAGGACAAUCUUUGCAUCUUCUUCAACUAUCACAUGCUUUGUGUCAUUUGAGUUAUGCCGGAGAGUCUCAGCUGCCCGGCGAUCCAUCUCCACAGACCACCUAAUAUCCAAUCCAGCUUCCUGGAAACCCAGCGCAGUCCCCCCUGCCCCCGCAAACAAAUCCAUCCCAAUUGGCGUGCGAUGACUGACAAACUUCUUUCCAGUUUGAUUCUUUAGUUUGUAGGAAAAAGCCUUCCAUUCACCAUCACUUCCUUUUAUGUGUGGCUCCCACACCAAGUUGGUCCUGAUGUCAUCAUGUGAAAUACCGGUGUUCUUUGCUGACAGCAGUUCCUUCAAUGGAAAUUCAGCCUUUUCCGGCAGUUCAGCAUACUUCCACUUGUACCGGUACCCAAACCUUUCAUUGAACAGUACAGUAUUGGUUGCUUCUUUGAUGGUGGUGUGUUGCAAUGCAACAAAGACUUUGCAAAUAGCAGAGGCCUGGGAUAUCUCCAUGAUCUGCAAAAUCCUGUUGGGUUUUUGUGGACUAAUGCAAAGAUCGCCAACGAGGAGAUUUGCACUAUUAAUACCACCACCACCCUGACUCUGUGGGCUGUAGGAGUCAAAGUUGAGCCUCCUUGGCUUCAUCGGGCACCUUGUAUGUUUGUUUGGUUUUGUGUAUUUCUUGAUGCAUUGCCCUUUCUUUAUUUUCUCGUUGCAGGCGAUACACUGAUGAUGGUCGUACCAAGCCCUGUCGCAGCCACAUUCGUCAUGCAGAUCGUUCUCGUUGCAGUGACCUUCACGCACAGUGCAUCCAGUGUGAUAGUAUCCACGGCCAGUUCUGCUCUUCGUCAAACAAUCAAAUUUACGGAGGGGUUGAAAGCACUUUCGACAGGACCCGCCGUCGAACUUGCUUGAUAAACAAAAGCAAGUAUCAAUGUCGGAGCAGUAUCUUGUCAAACUAGGCUUCUUUCGAGGUGGUGUGGCCGGGGCAUCUAUAGCUCUCUUGGACGACAUGGUGAAGAGGUAGUGGCGGGUUGUGGCUUCGACGGCAGCUAUUUGCUCUUUGUGAAGCAGAAAUUGGGUUGAAUGCAAACCUUGGGAAACCAUUCGCUGCAUGACCUUUCUCAGAACAAAGGUCACCGGUCAUGCUCAGCGGGGUUACGGGGUGAGGGUGGAUAGUGCAAAGGGACCGAUAAUAAUUAUUUGUUCCGACAGCAUGUCUCCAGUACAUGUACUGGUACCGCUACAUGUGGUACCGGUACACAUAGUGCAGGAAAUGUUGCACCCGUGCCUCGGCCGUGAGAUUGCGCAAGCUUGUAGCUUGUUCGUGCAGCAGAACAGAGUGCGAAACCCGAAGCUUGGGAAUGGAAACGCCAACCGAAGUCAACCAGGCAGUCUCCCAUCCUUCCAAAUAGAUGUUUCCCUCUAACCAUUGAAACGCCAAGACGAUCCAGGGGCAAUGCUGACGAUGGAACCCAGGAGUAUUCACGUGCCCGAAUUGGCUGCUAUGAGAUACGGGUUGGGUGUCGCGCUGCUGAAGCAGCUUUUGACCCAUCUCCCAAGAGCGGUUGCCAGACUAACUGGUACUGCAUUUCCUAUUUGUUGGCAUUGAUCCAUGUAGUUUCCCAUGAAGACAUAGUCAUCAUAAAUAAAUCCUUGGAGUCGAGCCUUCUCCAAUGGUGUUAGCACGCGAUCAAGAGAGUAGUGGCCAAUCGCUUUCUUACAACGGAUAGUUGGAGCGGGCUUGUCAGCCUCCAGCUUUUGUUCGGCGUCGACACAAUAGUUUGGAACGCUCCAUUGGUGUUGGUGUCCUAUGACCGUGUGCAUUGGAAGUGGCAACUCAAGGUUGGACACAGUAGCAUGUGGGUCCACUGGUUCAGGAUCUACUGCCUCAAGGUCACUAAUGGCAUCUAACGUGGUCAUGUAUGCUCUACCUGUUCCUCUCCCAUGAGUUGGUGGUGGUGGCCGAGGCAACUCAUAGCCAUUUUGAACAGCAAGGAGGAUCACUCUAAGGCGUGACUGUGGGUCACCAUAGUCUUUUGAGUUUAGUGCUGCAACCCUGACCUGGUAGCCUAGAGCCAAGAGAGUAGCAAUGACUUCCUCAAACAUGUGACGACUCUCUCCUUGAACGAUACCCAUGACGUUCUCAAGUGUAAAAACCUUUGGACGCAGAAUUUCUGUGAUCUCCAAUGGGACUAAAGUGAGACUGUUAUUUUCCAUUUCCUUCUGGCGUCGGUGUGGAUUUGCGGAUGAGUGCCCUUGACAGGGAGAAGAUCCAUGAAGGUUGUCAAUUUCUCCUGGUUUGGGGACAUCCUCUCUGUUCUCUCCCUUGCGCAUACUCUCCAACACAACCCUCACAUCUUCUUGCAAAACAUGCUUGUUGGCGUUUGUGUUGUUUUGUUUAAGGGUCUCAACUGCUGCCUUGUCCUUUUCCACACUAUAUAGCACGUCCAGCCCAGCUUUCUGGAAACCAUAGUCAAUCCCACCUCCCCCAGCAAACAAAUCCAUCACAACUGGUUUGCGAAGACUACAGAAUUUCUUUGCUUUUGUGUUCCUCAAAUAGUAUGAAAACUCUUUCCAUUGGCCAUCAGGUCCUUUGGCAUGCGGCUCCCAAAUCAAUUCGGUGCUAAGAUCAUCAGGUGAAAUAUCAAGCGUCGGUUGCAACUCGGUAAGAGGGAAUUCGGCUUUGCCUGGCAAUUCGGCAUACCUCCACUGAUAAUUAUACUUUUUGUACAGAAUUGAAUGGGCUGCUUUCUUAAUGGUAGUGUAUUGUAAUGCAACAUAGACAGAGCAAACUGCAACGG